AUUUAGGUGAAUUUAUUAAAUAUUUUCAUUAUUUAGAAGAUGAAAUUACGUACACCGGAUAAAGGAUGGGCGUGGAUUUUUUUAAUUUCUUCGGCUCUAUGCGCACUUUUUGGAGUAGGAAUACUUAGAUCAUCGGGUAUUCUAUUUUUGGCAUUCAGAACAAAGUUUGAAAUAUUAAGAGAACAAGCAGCUUGGCCUUUGACAAUAAGAAAAUUUACUGGAUGUUUCGCUGGGUUACUUGUUGGUUUCCUUUCACAUUUUAUCAAUUUAAAGACAUUAGCAAUUGCUGGAGUUACCAUUGCAGCAAUCGGUCUUGCGGGAUGUUAUUUCGCUUCCAAUAUUAUAGUAAUUUCAAUACAGUUUGGAUUUCUGCUAGGUUUAGGUUCUGGUAUGUUGAGUUCCACAAAUGUUGUUAUGGUAAAUCGUUACUUUAACAAAUACAGAACCAUAGCUUUAGGAAUCUUAUACUCUGGGUCAACUACGGGUGGAUUUAUGUAUCCGGUGUUAACUGCUUAUCUACUCGAUGAAUAUGAUUUACAAGGAUGCUUUCUGCUGCUAUCUGGUGUACUGAUGCAAGCUUUAAUAGCCGUAACGCUCUAUAAAAAUCCUCCUUUGCAGCAAGAUUCAACAGAAAAUUCUUCAAAGGAGGACCAACGCGCAAAUUUAUCUGAAGUUGUGCAAUCAUUUUUCGGAUUAUUCCGCACUGCAAUGUUCCAUUUAAUCUGGUUAACUGUGGCUAUAUGUAGCGUAACUCAUCUUAUUUAUUUAACUAUAUUAGUGGAUUUUGCAUUAGACUGUGGUGUACCUAAACACACUGCAAUCUAUAUACUAUCUUCGAUUUCUAUAGCGGAAUUUUGUGGCCGAUUGGGUUGCGGAUGGAUAAUAGAUUUCGGAUGGAUGAAAAGGAGAACACUUGUAUCAUUGGUUUUUUUGGUAAAAACGGUUAUGUACGCGACGAUACCCAUGUGGAACACGUACUCUGGUCUUCUUGUUACUUCACUAUGCCUCGGUUUUGCAGCUAGUUGUUUGAACAUUAAUGUUUCCGCUCUUUACACAGAUUAUUUAGGAUUAAAGAAUCUUCCUUUAGGAGUAGGAACAGGAAAGGCUUUGAAUGGUUUCCUUCAUUUCGCUUCGCCAAGUAUUAUUGGUUAUUUCCGAGAUACUAAAGGAAGUUACGAAGUGAUGUUUUUCUACUUUGCAGGAGUAUGUUUACUUCCAACAUUUUUGUGGCUAAUAGAACCUCUCAUUACGAGAUUUAAAAAAGAGGAAAAAAAAAGCGUUGAAAUCAUGAAGUUUCAUACACCCGACAAAGGAUGGGCCUGGAUAUUUUUAGCUGCAGCAUACUUAUCUACUGUUUUUGAUGUCGGAAUAUUAAGAUCGACAGGAAUCCUCUUCAUUGCUUUCAGGACAAACUUCGAUGUGUUGAGAGAAGAUGCAGCAUGGCCUCCUACAAUUAGGAAAGUUACUAGUUCAUUUUCAGGAAUUUUUAUAGGAUUCUUCUCGCACUUUGUUAGCAUUAAGAAGUUAGCAAUUAUUGGUGUUAUACUUACAGUGGUUGGAUUAGCGGGGUGUUAUUUCGCCACGAGUAUAUUAAUGCUAUCCAUACAGUUUGGAUUCUUGCUAGGACUCGGAUCUGGUAUGGUAAAUUUCAGCACCAUUAUUACAGUUAACCGUUACUUUAAAAAAUAUAGAACAAUAGCUUUAGGUAUAACAUAUUCUGGAACAGCUACCGGUGCAUUUAUUUUUCCAAUAGUAACUUCUUACUUGUUAAAUAAGUAUGGAUUACACGGAUGCUUUCUCCUAUUGUCUGGAAUAGCCAUGCAGGCAUUUGUGACUGUUUCUCUUUACGAAACUCCCUCAAUUUCGGAGAAAGAUCAAGAAAAUAAAGAAGUAAAGCAAGAAAAUAAAGAAGUAAACAAUUUAGUAAACCCUGUAGAAAAAACAUUGAAAACAAAAUUCUUUACUGCUUUAAAUUCUUUAUGCGAAGUAUUCCAGUCCAUUAUGUUUCAUGUCAUAUGGAUAACAGUUGCUAUUUACAGCGUUACUAAUAUAAUAUUCUUAACCGUGAUGGUUGAUUAUGCAAUGGAUUGUGGUAUACCUCAGAAAACUGCAGUUUACAUUCUGUCUGUAAUAUCCAUAUCGGAAUUUUCUGCUCGAUUGUGUUGCGGAUUAGUGGUCGAUGCGGGAUGGUUGAAGAGGAAAACAGUAAUCACCUUGUGUUUCUUGAUAGAUGCAGUAUUGUUUUCUAUAACCCCCAUCUGUUCUACUUAUAUUGGUUUGCUCGUUAUUGUUCUAUGCCUUGGAUUUGUUAAUAGUAGUUUGACACUCAACGUCUCUGCACUUUUUGCCGAAUAUUUAGGAUUGAAAAACCUUCCUUUGGGUUAUGGAGCUGGAAGGGGAUUGACUGCAUUUAUUCACUUUUCCUCACCAAGCAUAAUAGGUUAUUUUAGAGAUACGAAAGGAAGUUAUACCACCAUGUUCUAUUAUUUUGGAGGAGCUUGCCUGUUUGCAUGUAUUCUAUGGUUGCUAGAACCGCUUAUUGUCAAAAUUCAAAAUAAUCAAGCAGAAAACAAUAAAGUUGGAUAAAGAACGUUAUUCAAAUGUUAAACAUCAUAUAAAAUAAACCUUUUCUUAACAAAAGUCGCCUCUUAAAUACCGUAAAAUACGGUAAAUUUU